GGCUGAUGGACCUGUCCCUUUUGACACUGAAGCCUGAAGACACCUCUCUUUCCAGCCAAUCCCCUGAGCACUGGGGUUGGAAUCACAGGCAGUCUGCUCACAGAAAAAGCACUCUGCAAAUUCUGAUAUCUCGGGCAAGUUUCAUAGGUGGUGGACCAUGGAGCUUCUUGUGAAUGUAAGAAAAUGGAUAGAAGAAAACAAGACUGCCUUUUUGCCACCUGUUUGCAAUAAGCUUAUGCAUCGCUAUCAAUUAAAUGUGAUGUUUGUUGGAGGGCCAAAUGAAAGGAAGGAUUAUCAUAUUGAAGAAGGAGAAGAGCUUUUUUACCAGAUUCAAGGAGAUAUGUGUUUGAAGAUAAUUGAAAAUGGGAAACACAAAGACAUUGUCAUCCGAGAAGGGGAGAUGUUCUUACUACCUGCCAGGAUACCUCACUCUCCUCAGAGAUAUAAAAACACUGUGGGUCUUGUGAUCGAGAGGCAAAGAUUAAAAACAGAAAUGGAUGGGCUGAGAUACUAUGUUGGAGAAUCAACUGAUGUCCUCUUUGAAAAAUGGUUUCACUGUGAAGAUCUUGGCACUCAACUAAUACCAAUAAUUCAAGAGUUUUUCAAUUCAAGGCAAUAUAAAACUGGAAAACCAAACCCAGAUGAACCCCUGAAAGAAACACCUUUCCCACUGAAUUCCACUUCUGCUAUGGAGCCAUUUUCCUUCUCAAGCUGGUUAAAUGAUCAUCGUGGUGAAAUAAAACAGAAAAAAUCCUUGAGUAUGUUUGGAGAUAACUUUGAAACAGAGGCUAUAGCUUAUGGACCAGGAAUAACUGAGAAAAGUAAAAAGAAUUCAGAUAUCUGGAUAUGGCAGCUGGAGGGCACAUCAACUGUUGCCAUGGAUGGUAAAACCCUGACUCUCUCUGCUGGUGACAGCCUGCUUGUCCGUGCCCAGUCUGUGUACUGCUGGAAAAGAGCAGAAGACUGUGUUGCUCUCUGCAUCGCUCAGGAUCCAAAACGCAAGCAGCCUUAUAAAUAACUCCUGGGUCAGCUGGCUUUGAGGAUAACCAAGUUGUAACCUACCUAUCUUAAUUAUCUUUUACUCAGAAUGCCUGGAAAUUUCAAUACUCUAACACAAUGAUUAAGUGGAGUCAAGUGCUGUGCCCAAUUAAAACUUUUUUCCCCAAGUAGUUAAAGCUUUAGCAAAAUUUAUAAUCAGUAUUUUUUUUUAAGAUCUAGUGUUUUGUUUGAUUUCAUCUAAAAGGAAAUGACAAAAUAUCCAGGUAGCAGGAUUACUUACCUAAUAAUACAUGAUGCUAUCUAGAUUAAACUAGAGUCCCUUGAAAUGCAAGUCUCUGCCACAAGAUGUAGAAAAGGAGAUGUUGCACUCCUUAGGUAAAAGGCUGGAUGCUGUGCACAUGCUACUCUGAACAUAGCACUGCAGUGGGACUAAACAGGAGCACCUGGGUCAUGGGUGUGCUCCUGUGCAGCAGAAUUCUCAAGUCAAAUUCACCUUUAGAGGUAUGCUAGGGGAUAAGAGAAUAGAAUAAUUCUUAUAAUCAGUUUCUAUUAACUGCUUCUUUUUUUUGAACAAUGAAGUUUCUUGAAGAAAUAAUAAAUGUCAAAUUAUAUUUUGCUGCUUUUCUUCCAAGAACUCUGCAGAAAAGUUGUUGUUUGGGUUUUGGUUUUAUUUAAUUGUUCUUCACAUUGUCAUCAGAAAACAGGUUGCUUAGAUACCUGCAGGUGUUAUCAAUUAAAUAUUUGAGAAAGCAGAAAUUACUGAUUCCUGAUUUUUUUUUUAAAUUCUAAUUAAGUUCAGAAAAAUAUUUGUUUCAUCUAUCACCUACAAAGCUCAUUAAACUGAGAUGUCAUAUGUGUUUUA